AUGCAAAAAAUAAUUAAUAAUCAAACACUUUAUGAUAAUAACAGUCAUAUAAUUUUACCGAAAAGAAGACAAGAACCGAAAUUACGAUUCCAAUGUUUUUAUUGUGGUAAAUGGUUUAGUGAUUCAGAAAAUAUCCGUGGUUCAUGCAAAGAAGCACCUGAUAAUGUGGAACACUUAAUACGUAUUUUCACGUGUUAUCCAGUCGCGCAAGCUGCUGUCUAUCAUUGCUGCAAAAGUAAUGGUGAACUAUUGACCAAUAUUAGCCACUAUGGACAAGGAUAUAAUUUAUUUGCAUUUGGCUCACGUAAUACGUCAAUUUUGAAACGCCUGAAACGAUUGUUAUUUGUAUCGUUGCUUUCAUUGAUAAUACCAUGCUUAUGUUGUUACUUCCCAGCUCACGUAAUUAAUAAGUGUUUUGGGGGAGGAAAGCGUGGACGACAUCAAACAUGCGAACCAACAGCUACAACUCCCGCAAAUUUCUAA